AUCAUCGUCUCUUUCACCCUCUGACAGCCUCUGACAGCGAAUAUCAAUCACCCGUUAUCUGCCGCGGACAAGAAGCAUCGUAUCGCCCGCCAGCGACACCAGAAUUCUUGUGCACCUUGCCAGCCCCGAUCGACCGACGACGCAUAGCACGCGCAUAUACUCACCUGACGAGCGCUUCUGCUUCUCAAUAACUCUGGUUUUGCCAGAGAACCGCCCUGCAACCGCAUCAACGUCACCGCGUCCUCGAUUGUCUUGACGGCCUAUCAGGACCGCUUGGAUUGGGCUGGACUGGUCACUACGCAGCCUGCUGUGCCUUCAUAUGCACUGGGUGCUUCAUUACUGCCCUUUCAUUAGAACUGUUCACUCUGGCGAACCACCAAUCACACCAACACCCUAACGAGCGCGAAACUAGUCCGACAAUGUCCUAUCGUCGCUCACCAGCUGCGACGAGCGUUUCUCUCCCGUCCUUUUCUCAAGCUUUCCGUUCUCCCUCUCCCAGCACCCCCUACACCAACCGCUCUGCGCAGCACUCCCAUCCAAUGCCUCCCUCGCAUGCUCGCUCGGACUCUCGUGGUACUCCUGGAGAUCGUCCACCGAGUGCGAAUCAGCUUCCGCCUCUGAGGUACAUGAACUCAAGCGAUCCGAGGGAUACUAGAGAGGUUAGAAGCGGAGAUGAGAUGAGAAGAGGUGAUAGUGGAGAGGGUCGGAAACGACCCCAUGAGGAUCUUGACAGAGAUAACGGGAGGAAUCCAAGAGAGGACGAAGCUGCUAGUGUCAAGCCUGAGCCGUUGUCACCUCCCGGCUCGCCUUAUCCAAAGCGAGCACGACCAAAUAGCACCGGCUCCGCCACCCAUCUGUCCCCAAACAACAGCGCGCACUCUUCGUCCACCGGCCCCAUGCCUGCACCUGUCUCGCCUGUCGUCGCUGGAUUUGCGCUCGAUCCUGAACGGCCCGAGGCCGCUCAGGAUCAGGUUCGUCGGAGCUUGCAAUUGAAACAGCAACAACAGGAAAUCAUCCAGCGGCGGAAAGAGCAGGCGGAAGGUGGCCGAGAGAGAGGAGAUUGGCUAGACCAGCGCCCGGUGGGCUCGCCGCAUCUUGCGCAGCAGCGUUCGCCUGGUCAAGUGCCGCAACAGCCACUUCAACAGCAGCAGCAACAGGCUAGGCCACCGCCGCCCACACUUGCCGCUCGCCGGGGACCUCUCACGGCUUCGAAGGCUGCUCAUCUAACUAUUCAGACUGCGUCUUCCGGUGCAAGCACGCCUGCAUUCACAUCCUCUCAUUCCCGUGAACAUGGUGAAACGCACACGCUCCACCCUGCUAAUAACUACGGCCGUCCGCUGCUCGGUCAUCCUACUUCUGCCCUCCGAGGCGGCAUCGAAGGAAUUGGAGAAGUACGCUCCGCUCCUCCUCAACAAACGCGUUUUGCAGUGCCACCUCUCUCAGGGAGAUCCGAAGCAAGCCGUGGACAACCUCAGCAGAUUACUACCGAGCGCAGGCCGCUCGUAUCCAUCUCCCAAACCAGCAGAGAGAUGCAGCGCGAGCGCGUACAAGACUCGCAGACGCCGCGGGAGCACAGGCAGCAGUCGUCCAUCUCCAGCGUGCCCUUGAGUAGGAACGCACAACGGACUCCAAGUGUCCUCCGUCCUAUUCAGAGGGACCAGGAACCUAGCCCUCCUAUGACGGGCAGUACCACGGCGGUUUCGUCUAUCUCUAGGCGACCGACCUUCGAUAGGCACGCUGGGGGCCAGGCCACCGCCAAUGCACAUCAUUAUCCUUUCGGUGGGGUGCAAGGCGGUCCCCCAUUACAGACUGCUCCCCUCCUAGGGCGAGGCGAUAUCUUGCAGCAACAGCAAGCCGCGGCGGCUGCCAGCCAUGGCCGUGGUCUCCCAGGACAAUAUCCACCGCCGACUGCCGGACUCCCUCCACCGACUGCCGGCACAAGCGCCGCCGCUGUGGCAGCGGGCACUGCCAGCAGCACACCUAGCACGGGUAAUUUGGACAACCUCACUCCUGAGCAAAGAACGUUCUUGCACCCCUUCCUCACGUUCUACGACUCUAUUUUGGACUCACAAAAGCUCAAGGAGUGGCUGAAGAAGGAGAUUGAUCGUGCCGGACGAGCCAACCAGAGCUUGAUGGAUAACCACCAUGCGAUUGAGCGACUUAUCGGGAACGCGGUGAAAGGUGUGCGGGAUGACUUCGGCAGAGAGAGAGAGCAAUGGGAGAGGAGGGUCGCUGACCUAGAGAAAAGAGUCAGGGAGCUUGAGGGCCGCGGGCCGAACACCCCUCCGGUUAUGCAGGAUAGGCGGCCUGCAAGCGCCGAGAAGGGAAAUCAGCCAGACACUAACGGCAUGCAAGUUGACGAGCCGCAGGCGGCUAAGGAGGGCGAGAAAGCGGCUGAUCGAUGAAGGCAUCACUUUGUAGUGCUGAUAAACCUCACAGCGAUACCCUCGCGAACCGAGUCGAAAACAUUCUCGCCUUCCAUGUUAUUUCUCGUCUUUCUGCACAUAUCUGCCGGUCAAUUGUUGCCGGUCCUCCAGCUCGCUACGAGCGAUGUUGUUAACUAAGAUGAGAUGAGUCGCCGGGUCUGUGUUGCCGAGUGGACCAUUCUGUGUUCUUCCCUUUUGGGAACUUUGUUGUACUUCUUCCGAAGAAAAUCUCUGCUCACUCUACUUUCUCCUUUCACGUUUUCGUUCCCUCUUUCCUCUUCCAGACCUGAUUGGGGUUUUGGUCUUCAGUCGCCAUUCACUUGUAACUACUUCACUUCGCUUCAUGAUUCGAGCCCUUUGAUUAUGUAUCUUGUUC